GCUGGUCCUAGGUGCCUGGUGUGGUGAGGGGUGCCAGUGUGUCCAGAGGAGCCCAGUGCCCACUGAGGCAGCCAUGGGGCUGCUGACUGGGGAGACACUGGGGCCCCUGGCUGUGGCCACAGCCAUCUUCCUGCUCCUGGUGGACCUGUUGCACCGGCGACAACGCUGGGCUGCACACUACCCACCAGGCCCCAUGCCCCUGCCUGGGCUGGGCAACCUGCUGCAGGUGGACUUUCAGGACACGGUUUGCUGCUUUACUAGGCUGCGGCGCCGCUUCGGGGACGUGUUCAGCCUGCAGCUGGCCUGGAAGCCCGUGGUAGUGCUAAACGGGCUGGCGGCCAUGCGCGAGGCUCUGGCGUACCGCAGCGAGGACACAUCCGACCGCGCACCUGCACCCAUCUUCAAUCACCUGGGCUUCGGGCCGCGCUCCGAAGGUAAGCGGAGGAGUGGGGGUGAUCUUUGCCCGCUAUGGACCCGCGUGGCGGGAGCAGCGGCGCUUCUCCGUGUCCACCCUGCGCAACUUCGGCCUGGGCAAGAAGUCACUGGAGCAGUGGGUGACCGAGGAGGCCUCGUGCCUCUGUGCCGCCUUCGCAGACCAGGCCGGCGACCCCCUGACCUGCACCGUCCCCUCCCAGGACUCCCCUUUAGCCCCAGCGCCCUCCUGAAGAAAGCGGUGGGCAACGUGAUCGGCUCCCUGACCUUUGGGCAGCGCUUCGAGUACAACGACCCGCGCUUCCUCAAGCUAUUGGACCUAAUGGACGGCUUACUGCAAGAUGAGAACGGCUUCGUGCCCGAGGUGCUAAAUGCGAUCCCCCAGCUCCUGCGGCUCCCGGGGCUGGCUGCCUCGGUCUUUCCAAGGCAUAGGGCCUUCAUGGCCCUGCUGGACGAGCUGAUCACCGAACACAGGAUGACCCGGGACCGGGCCCAACCACCCCGAGACCUGACUGACAGCUUCCUGGACGAGGUGGAGAAGGCCAAGGGGAACCCCGAGACCAGCUUCAAUGAUGUGAACCUGCGCCUGGUGGUAUAUGACCUGUUCACUGCCGGGAUGGUGACCACCUCGACCACGCUAGCCUGGGCCCUCCUGCUCAUGAUCCUGCACCCGGAUGUGCAGCGCCGUGUCCAACAGGAGAUCGAUGAGGUGAUAGGGCAGGCGCGGAGACCAGAGAUGGGGGACCAGGCCCACAUGCCCUUCACCAUGGCCGUGGUCCAUGAGGUGCAGCGCUUUGGGGACAUCAUCCCAAUGGGUGUGCCCCACAUGACAUUCCGGGACAUUGAAGUGCAGGGCUUCCUCAUCCCCAAGGGGACGACGCUCAUCACCAACCUGUCCUCGGUGCUGAAGGAUGAGACUGUCUGGAAGAAGCCCUUCCGCUUCCACCCCGAGCACUUCCUGGACGCCCAGGGCCGCUUCAUCAAGCAGGAGGCCUUCAUGCCCUUCUCAGCAGGCCGCCGCUUGUGCCUCGGGGAGCCCUUGGCCCGCAUGGAGCUCUUCCUCUUCUUCACCUGCCUCCUGCAGCACUUCAGCUUCUCGGUGCCCGCUGGGCAGCCCCGCCCCAGUGACCACGGUGUCUUUGGCAUCCUGGUGACCCCAUCACCCUACCUGCUCUGUGCUGUGCCCCGCUAGAGGGGGACACCAAGCCCCAACGCUAUCCUCAGCAGGGGCCCUGAUGUCCAAUAAACCAGU